GAUGUUGUGGUUGUCCAUGCCGCCGACACCUCUCUGACUGUUAUCUUAUGCAGAAGACCGACGGGGAGAGCUCUCCACGCAUGGAGUUGAGCUCGGACCCGGUGGUGGCAACGCUGGAGAUGUCGCAGGUCCAAAGCAAAGACGAUGAGCCCUUUCAUAUUGAAGGCGACUACGAGAGCUUGCCACCUCAUGUCUCAGUGACGACCCACAUGACAGCAGGAGCCGUGGCUGGCAUACUGGAGCACACGGUGAUGUACCCCGUGGACUCUGUCAAGACAAGGAUGCAGAGUCUGCAGCCUGACCCAAAUGCACAGUACAGGGGUGUGUAUCAGGCUCUGAGAAGGAUCAUUCAGACAGAGGGGAUCUUCAGACCGCUGAGGGGCCUCAACAUCACCAUGAUGGGAGCGGGACCCGCACAUGCACUCUAUUUCGCCUGCUAUGAACGGGUCAAACGCUCACUAAGUGACGUCAUUCAGAGUGGAGGCAACAGCCAUUUAGCCAACGGCUUGGCAGGUAGUGUGGCCACUGUUCUCCAUGAUGCAGUCAUGAAUCCAGCUGAAGUGGUAAAACAGAGGAUGCAAAUGUACAACUCGCCAUAUCGAGGACUUUGGGACUGUCUUCAAACAGUAACGCGCACUGAAGGUUUGGGGGCUUUCUACCGCAGCUACAGCACACAGCUGACCAUGAACAUCCCAUUCCAGGCCGUUCACUUCAUCACCUACGAGCUGAUGCAGGAACAGUUAAACCCCCAAAGACAUUACAACCCAGGCAGCCACAUAGUGUCAGGAGCAGCAGCAGGAGCUAUUUCUGCAGCAGUAACCACUCCACUUGACGUAUGUAAAACUCUCCUCAACACACAAGAGAAUGUAGCGCUCAACUCCAUGAACAUCAGCGGCCACUUAUCGGGAAUGGCCAACGCCUUCAGGACAGUGUACCGGCUCGGUGGUCUGCCGGCCUUUUUUAAAGGGGCUCAAGCUCGGAUUAUAUACCAGAUGCCCUCCACUGCCAUCGCCUGGUCAGUGUACGAGUUCUUCAAGUACUUUCUGACAAAGCAACAGCUAGAACAGGAGUCAGGACCUGGACCGAUGUAAUGGAAAGUGUGUCGGAGCAAACCACACCUCGACUGACAGAAGAAGACUUUGAGCUCACUGUGUGCUGAUUGAGGAAAUGACAUCACUUAUUGUCUCACAGGGAAGUGAUCAUGGUGGUAGAGCGGCAGAUAAUGGCUCUCCUUAUUGUUCCCGUACCUAAAUCUGUGUGUGUCUUCAAGUCAAGACGCGGUUGCACAACCAGGAUAUGCAACAGAGACGACUGUUCUUAAAAGGACACGUAAUUACACGUAGAAAAAGUUGAAUGGUCGUCUUCUUCCUCUUUCACUCCACAAACAUCAACCGCAACUCUCCAAACUUUUUCUACAUGUGGAGACCUUUAUAGUUAAGUUGUCUUGAAUGAUGUUUAUAGUUCUUAAUAUUGGAUUUUUUUAUUUAUUUUGUUAGCUUUCCAAGGCUUGAUUUUUUUUUUCAGAUGCGCAAGAAACACAAUGCUGUUUGUUUGUUUUUAUUUCAUUGUAUAUUUAUAUAAGAAAAACAUUAGAACACAUUCCCAAUUUUUUCACUCCACGGCGAACGGAACAGUUUUGCUUUCCAAGUGCCUCAUAAAUAUUAAACGCUGCUGCACACUUUUCUUUCUGUUUCGCCAUUUUGACAGAGAAUAUCAUCACUUCCAGUUUCAUUUUCUUGUCCAAAUUCUGGCAUAGAAGCAUACUUCUCUGUUAUAAGAUUAAAACAUUUUAGUAGCUCUUUAUGUCAUUACUGGUUAACCUGAACUUGCUAAAGUUUUGGUUAUUUCAGGUAUUAUUUCUACAUUAAACGUUCAAAAGCCAUUCAGCAGCAAUUCUAUUCUGUUUCCCUCUGAGAGACUCUCUUUCCUCUCUCAGUAUAACGAUGUGUAGACUGAUAUAGUCCAGUUAUUUGCCUUGUUGAAGCAAACAAUGCUCCUGAAUCACGCACAAUAUUAGUCUCAAUAAAAAAAAGCAUAGCAAGAAGGCAGCUUGUUUAUACGUAUUCAAAAACGUGAAUAUAUUUUGAGAGUGACGUUUUCUGAGAAACCUCAUGAUGCAGAGUCAAAGGUGGAUCAAAUAAGACUGUUACUUUGGAUGGAGGCCAUGUCUCAGCCUUCAUUUCCAUUUGUACUGGUGUGAUGUUUUGCUUUUGAGUGGCCUGUUUUGCUGAUGAGUGUCAUAUUGACCUUGAACCUAAAGGUUGUAGACUGUAUAAAAUAUUUUCAGAGUAUACGUUUGACUGAAACUGAGACUUUCUAUGAUCCAAAUGUAAUGUCGGAACUUUUUAUUUUCAGUUGUUGAAACUGAAGGCACUCUUUGUUACCAUGAGACCAGUAAAAAGCCUGAUCAAAUCAGCUUCUGAGCAGGCAGUGCUAUUUCUUUUAUUUUCACUCAUCCUGUUGUAGUUUCACAUUUCCUGUGCACUCACUGCUCGCUCCAGCUUCUUGACUAUUUUCCACUCAGUAGUCAAGACAUUCCUUUCAGAUAUUGAUGUAAUCCAGCAAGCAGCCCAAUUUAUUUGUUUUUAAUUAUGGAGGGUUUUUCCCCCUUUUGGUGCAGUUCAGAGAGUUCAUCAGAUUCCAGUGGUCUCACAAACCCUUUAAGCAACAGAGUCAUUGUGCGUGUACAGUAGGGUAAUUGUUAAUAUACCAAAGACAUGCAUUGUAUUCUAUGCAUCUUACAUUUCACCUGUAGUAAUGAUGCUAUUUGUCUGCCUGCUGUAAAAUUGUCAUGCCACAUUUAGUGUGAAAUUGCCUUAUCACUUGAAUUCUAACUUAUUUUCUGUAUGUUAAUCGGUCUCAGCAUUUUAAUUUUACCCUUAAUUACAACAUUUACAUGCACAAAACAUGCCCUUAUUCUGAAAAAGACUGCAUUCUUACUAAUGCGUUUACAUGGCUAAUGGCAAUGACUAUUCCACUUAUAUUCCUGUUUACCUGCAGCCGUGCAUACUCUGAUUAAUGUAAUACCUUGUCUAUCAUGUCAAAAUAUGGUAAAUUUAAAUGGCUGAGUGGAGUUUUCCACUGGUGGUGGACUUGUUCCACUGUUCAAACACAGCCUCCCUUUAUCAUUCCUUCAACCGUAAACUGUUGAUCUCCAGCUCUCUCAUGUUCUGAAAGAAGCGUGAUUUUAUAUUCUGAAUGCACUUUACAGUGUGCAAAGAAUGCUCCUAAAACCCAAUAAUAUCGCAUAUCUAAUGUCUUGAUUAGGAAAAUGUUAUAUUCAGAAUAAGGCCUAAUUUUGAAUACCCUGUCAAGAAAUUCUGUUUACACAACCUGUGUUAAAUUCAGAAUAUUGUCAUAUUUGGAAUAAUAAGUGGAAUAUUAGUGUGCAUGUAAACAUAAUUUACUACUAAACUUGAAAAAAAAGCAGUUAAAAUAUAUGAAAUAUGUUAUUGUGAAUAUUUUGGAAAGCUUCCUAUACGUAUGUUUGGAAAAAUAUGGCGACCUAAUUUUGUUUGACUGAUCAGUCUGCUUAGAUUAUAUAAACAACGUGUAUGAAAUAUAGUUUGCACAUGUGUUACAGAUAACACAUGAAUGGAUUAAAUGUGUUCUCAGCUUGAAUAUAAAAGUGGCUUAAUAAGCAAAGAUUUGUUAUGUUUGACUCUAACCUAAAUGUAAUCACAGUUAGGUUAGUUUGUUACCCACAUUGUGUUUUUUUCUUCAGUUGGAUCUACUGACAAAACUCCUCUGACUUUAAAUGAAUCAUACCCUGCUUGCUGUUUCUCAUCAUUCCUUUGAGGUGUUGAUUCAUAAUAGUGAAUCAUAAUUCUGAAACUGUGCUGCAACACCUGUGUCCAAGUACUAUUAAUGUGUCAAAAUAGUCUUUCUAAUAGAUGCUUACAUUUUAAAGAAGACAGGAGAGCUCAUAUUCUUUAUGGGCAUCUCCAUAUUGUAAAUAGUUUUACGCUAACUACGCACAAAUGAUUGAAAUGGGAGUUGGGGUGAUUUUUGAAAGAGUGCCAUCUCCUGAACAGGAAAGCUUGGAAGUAUGACCAUGCAAAUAUGAAAUGAUUGUGAUAAUGCUGCUACAGUAUGUAACACUGGAGCUGAAAUAAACAUGCAAGUGAGGAA